GGUUCAUACGUUAGACGGUGCUCGGUGCUGGACCAACUUAAUGAACCAAGAUUAUCAGAGGCCAGAUAUAAUUUGCUUUCCUUCAUUGGGAUCAUAAGUUUUGUAUCGUUUAUCUGCUUGUGCUGUUGGAGGGUUCUAUAGAUCAGCUGAGUUCAGUUUGUUAUAAAAGCAAGAAGUUACAAGUGUUUGGUAAAAAUUAUCUCAAUGAAAUUGGUGGGGUUAUAUUUGAUUUUGUAUUCAACAGAAGGAAGAUGUUAUCAUAUUGGACGAAACCUCACAUUAAUUUGAAGACUCUCACCUCCUUGCUUUACAUUUUAUUUGUGUUCUCUGUCUCUCAAACAUUUUGGAGAAAAGAGGGUAUUAAUGUUGUGGUAUAAAAGGAAACCAUGGAACAGGUGUCAGAGAAAAAAUUUCCUCUCAAUGCAGAAAGUUACAAAUUAUAUGAAGAAGUUGGAGAAGGUGUCAGCGCCACCGUUCACCGGGCUCUCUGCAUUCCUCUGAAUGAGAUAGUUGCCAUCAAGGUUCUGGAUCUGGAGAAGUGUAACAAUGAUCUGGAUGGUAUCCGUCGAGAGGUACAAAUGAUGAGCUUGAUCGAUCAUCCAAAUUUAUUACGGGCUCAUUGCUCGUUCACCGCAGGCCAGAACCUCUGGGUUGUGAUGCCAUAUAUGGCUGGUGGGUCAUGCCUUCAUAUAAUGAAAUCUGCUUAUCCAGACGGUUUUGAAGAGCCUGUUAUUUCCACUUUGUUACGUGAGGUUCUCAAAGCUCUCGUCUAUCUUCACGCCCAUGGGCAUAUCCAUAGAGAUGUGAAGGCAGGCAAUAUAUUAAUCGAUUCUAAUGGUGCAGUCAAGUUAGCAGACUUCGGGGUAUCUGCAUGCAUGUUUGAUACUGGGGAUAGGCAACGCUCGAGAAACACUUUUGUUGGAACACCAUGCUGGAUGGCUCCAGAGGUUAUGCAGCAGCUGCAUGGAUAUGACUUUAAAGCAGACAUCUGGUCAUUUGGAAUAACAGCACUUGAACUUGCUCAUGGCCAUGCCCCAUUUUCUAAGUAUCCACCUAUGAAGGUUCUGCUAAUGACACUACAAAACGCACCACCGGGUCUUGACUAUGAGAGGGACAAGAGAUUUUCGAAGUCUUUCAAAGAGAUGGUAGCUGCUUGCUUGGUGAAGGAUCCAAAGAAACGUCCCUCCUCGGAUAAGCUUUUCAAGCACCAUUUCUUCAAACAGGCACGGUCAUAUGAUUAUUUGGCUCGUACUAUACUUGAUGGCCUUAGGCCACUGGGUGAUCGAUUUAGGAUGCUGAAGGCAAAAGAAGCAGAUUUUCUUGUACAGAACAAGGCUUUAUAUGGGGACAAGGAUCAGUUAUCACAGCAAGAAUAUAUCCGAGGAAUCAGUGCCUGGAAUUUUAAUCUGGAAGAUUUGAAGAAUCAGGCUGCCCUUAUUCAGGAUUAUGAUGGUGCUACAAACACUGAAGACCUAAAUUUGAGUGUGAAGCAAAGGGACAAUCAUGAUGAUGUUGGUUAUCCAGCAGAAAGGCUGUCUCCUGAGAAGGCUAAUCAGUCAGAUGCUGCACCUCAACCGGAUGAUGGUCUCAAUAACAUUCAUGAUUUGGAGAGCUCACUUGCUGCAUUUCCUAUUCAACCUCUUAAGGCACUCAAAGGUUGUUUUGAUCUCUGUGCGGAUGAUGUGGGUACUGGUAGUCCAAGUUGGAAAAAUGCUAGUCAAUUACAUUCAUCACCAAAAGAUGAAGACCAAGAAACUGGGACAGAUGAUGGUGAGAAUUUGGGACAGAGCUGCUCUAUGCCAUCAGCUGUAGUUCCUUGUAGGAAAAAAAAUGUGAAAGCACAAAUGCAUGAUAGUGUUCUUUAUCCCAAAAGAGUUGGCGGCGAUGGGGACAGGGAAUUUGUACAACCAAGAUAUCCAUCAGAUCGGAAUUAUAGUGGUCCAUUACCAUAUCGUCAGAAGAAAGACAUCAAUAACCAUUCAUCUGCAGAGGACACAUCAGAAGGAGCAGUUGUCCAACGUAAGGGGCGCUUUAAAGUCACUUCAGCAGAGCUGAGCCCUAAGGGUCCUACAAACUGCUUCUUUAAUCCAAUUUCUGAAGGUUCUGCCAGUCCAACAACCCCUACCCUUUCAGCUGCUGCUGUUCUUCCAUCAUUGCAAUGUAUUUUGCAGCAAAACAAUAUGCAAAGGGAAGAAAUUCUUAGAUUGAUCAAAUAUGCAGAGCAAACCUCUGGCAAUUCCAUGGAGUUAUCUGAGGUGGGAACUAAUGAGCUUUCUCUGAUACCUUCCGUUCUACUAGGGAAGAGAGCUUCAGUCUAGAUGAUUCACUGCAGCAAAGCAUUGGGAGUCUUGUUGAAGAAUUGCAGAGACAAAAAAUGAAAAAUGCUCAGUUGGAAAAGAAGUUGAAUACUUUGGUUAAGAAAGAGGAAAAGAUAAGAGAGUGAAGCUGAAUGAUGAUGGGUACAAUCUUCUCCAUCCAUUUUCCUCUUCUUAGGCAGAGCCAGAGUUGAGGAGCAUCUGCAAGCAAUGUACUUAAAACUCUAGUAAUAGCUUUUGUUGUAUUUCUAGUUGUACCAUAUAUGUGUGACAGAGGCAGGCCCAAAAUUUUGAGUUGCUGUUCCUCGAUCCUCAUAAUCGCCUGUGUUGUAAUUUAAUUGUAAUUAUAUAUUGCACAAUUUCAAUUUUA